AUGAGUUCGAAGUGGACCUUGAUAGUGUUGUUGGCACUGGCGAGCCGAGUUUCGGCAGCCUCGACAGCAGACCCAUACCAUCCUGACCAACGGUCCGCCCGGUCUCAGCCUCCCGUGACAAAUGCUGAAACGUCUGGAAAUUUUUGGAUAAACGAUGCUCAAAAUAAAAUCGAGAGUCGUCAUUAUCAAGGCAAUGCUGGCGGGCCUGGUAAAGCGCGUAAUGUGGUCUUGUUUCUAGGCGACGGUAUGUCCAAUCCUACAUUAGCUGCCGCGCGUACACUCUUCGGACAGAGAAAUAACCGAACCGGAGAAGAGGCGCAACUUUCCUUCGAAGCAUUUCCAACAAUUGGCUUGGCAAAGACUUACUGUGUCAAUGCUCAAGUCGCUGAUUCUGCGUGUACAGCAACGGCGUAUUUGUGUGGAGUAAAAGCUAACGGAGGCACAAUUGGAGUGACUGCUGAAGUGCCUCGCUGGAAUUGUCAGGCCUCAAUUCCAACGUCAACACACACUGAUUCAAUUGCAGCCUGGGCUCUCGCUGACGGACGUGACGCAGGUAUUGUGACAACGACACGAGUCACUCAUGCAUCUCCUGCCGGCGCUUACGCCAGCAUAGCAAAUCGUCAUUGGGAAAAUGAUGCUGAAGUUCGGAACGAUGGACAUGAUCCGAAUAUUUGCCCUGAUAUCGCUCACCAGUUAGUUCAUUCUUACCCUGGAAAUCGGUUCAAGGUAAUUUUAGGAGGCGGUCGACGUGAAUUUUUACCAACGACUAGUAUAGAUGAAGAAGGCACUGCCGGCAGGAGAACUGACGGUAAAAAUUUAAUACAAGAAUGGCAGAAAGAUAAGGCAGCUCGCAACGCUAGCUACCAGUAUAUUUGGAAUAAAGCACAGUUGCUCAGAGUCAAUGAAAAUUUGCCAGAAUACCUUCUAGGACUAUUCGAAGGAAGUCAUCUUCAAUAUCACAUGCAAUCGAACCCUAAUGAAGAACCAACGUUGGCAGAACUUACAGAAACAGCAAUCAAAAUGUUGAGUCGUAACGAAAAGGGUUUCUUUUUAUUUGUCGAAGGUGGCCGCAUAGACCACGCUCACCAUGAUAAUUUGGUAGAGCUUGCAUUAGAUGAGACUCUUGAGUUGAGUGCCGCGGUAAAGCGUGCUAGCGAACUCCUUUCAGAGGAAGACUCCCUCCUCGUAGUAACGGCUGACCACGCACACGUAAUGUCUUUCAACGGUUAUACUCCAAGAGGUGGAGAUAUUCUAGGACCUGCCGAAAGCAGAGAUUCAAAUGGUGUACCAUAUAUGACACUGUCUUACACUAAUGGGCCAGGAUUUCGUCAACACGUAAGCGGGCAAAGAGUCGACGUUACACAAGAACCCAAUUAUCGUGAACUGAAUUGGCGGAGCCACGUGGACGUACCACUAGCAUCCGAAACGCAUGGUGGCGAUGACGUUGCAGUAUUCGCCACCGGGCCGCACCACGCUAUGUUCUCGGGCCUGUACGAACAGAGCCACUUGCCUCACCGCAUGGCCUAUGCGGCGUGUUUUGGACCCGGUCGUACGGCAUGCAAUGCCGCUGUUGUACAUCAGCCGAUUCUAUUUGCCUUAGCUCCCAUUGUACUCAUUAUAAGACGCUUAAUGGCGUUAUAA